AGCUCUGGAUGCUGUUUAUUUUCCCACAGAGGAACUUCAGGAGGACUUACUAGUUUAAAUGUGAAACCAUGGCAUGUCUCUGGAUGCUCUGGAGUUUGAAUUCUUCUAGUAGUGGAACCCUGAGGAAAACUGAUCAGGUCUUUCAUUUUUAAAACAUGACCUGUUUUCAGGAAUUAGUAACAUUCGGGGAUGUGGCCAUAGACUUCUCUCAGCAGGAGUGGGAAUACCUGGACCCUCUUCAGAGGGACUUGUACAGGGAUGUGAUGUUGGAGAACUAUAGGAACCUGGUCUUUCUAGGGCAUUCUACUUCUAAGCCAGAUGUGGUUGACUUAUUGGAGCAAGGAAAAGAGCCCUGGAUGUUUCUAAAGGAAGAAACACAAAGACAAUACACAGAUUGGGGUUUACAAUGCGAGAUAAUCAGCUAUCUAGAAAUGCCCACUUAUGAGAAAGAUGUAUCUUCUACACAACAUCAGAGCAUAUAUAGCAGAGAGAAACUCUAUGAAUGUAAGAAAUGCCGGAAAAAAUUUAGGAGUAGCUGCCAAUUAAUUCUACAUCAUAGGUUUCAUGUUGAGAGACCCUAUGAAUGCAAAGAGUGUGGGAAGAACUUCCGCAGCAGCUAUCAACUUAUUCUCCAUCAAAGAUUUCAUACUGGUGAGAAACCUUAUGAAUGUGUAUACUGUGAGAAAAACUUUAAAAGUGGUUAUCAACUUACUGUACAUCAGAGAUUUCAUACUGGUGAGAAAACAUACGAAUGUAGGGAAUGUGGGAAGGCUUUUAUUUAUUCCUCACACAUUGCCCAACACGAGAGAAUUCACACCCGUGGAAAGCCUUAUGAGUGUCAGCAAUGCGGGAAGGCCUUUAGUCAAGGUGGACACCUAAAAAUUCAUCAGAGAAUUCAUACUGGUGAAAAACCCUAUAAAUGUAAGGAAUGUGGGAAGGCUUUUAGUAGGUGCUCAAAUCUUGUUGAACAUAGACAAAUUCAUACUAACAAGAAACCAUAUGUGUGUGAGAAAUGUGGAAAGGCUUUUAGAAGAAGUCAUCAGCUUAUUGUACAUCAGAGUGUUCAUACUGGCAAAAAGCCGUAUGAGUGUAAAGAAUGUGGGAAGGGCUAUACCACUGCCUCAUACCUUGUUCUACAUCAGAGAAUUCAUAAAGGUGGGAAACUAUAUGAAUGCAAGGAGUGUAAAAAGACUUUUACCUUGUAUAGGAAUCUUACUCGACAUCAGAAUAUUCACACUGGUGAGAAACUGUUUGAAUGUGGGCAAUGUGGAAAGGCCUAUACUACUGGCUCAAAACUUUUUCAACAUCAGAAAACUCAUACUGGUGAGAAACCUUAUGAAUGUAAGGAGUGUGGGAAGGCCUUUAGCUUGUAUGGAUACCUUAAUCAACAUCAGAAAAUUCAUGUUGGUAUGAAACGCUUUGAAUGUAAGGAGUGUAAGAAAACCUUUACCUUAUAUAGAAAUCUUACCCGGCAUCAGAAUAUUCAUUCUGGGAAGAAACUUUUUGUUUGUCAGGAGUGUGGGAGGGCCUACAGUACUCGCUCAAACCUUGUGCAACAUCAGAAAACCCACACUGGUGAGAAGCCCUAUGAAUGUAAGGAAUGUGGAAAGACCUUCAGCUUGCAUGGAUAUCUUAAUCAACAUCAGAAAAUCCAUACUGGUGUGAAACCCUAUGAGUGUAAGAUAUGCAGGAAAACCUUUACUUUCUGUAGAAAUCUUACUCUACAUCAGAGUGUUCAUACUGACGAGAAGCCUUUUGAAUGUAAAGAAUGUGGAAAGACCUUUAGACGUAGUUCACACCUUACUGCACAUCAGAGUAUUCAUGCUGAUAAAAAGCCCUAUGAAUGUAAAGAAUGUGGAAAAGCUUUUAAAAUGUGUGGGUACCUUACACAACAUCAGAAAAUUCACACUGGUAGAAAACCUUAUGAAUGUAAGAAGUGUGGUAAGGCCUUUAGUCGUUCUUCAAACCUUGUUCAACAUGAGAGAAUUCAUACCGGUGAGAAACCCUAUGUGUGCCAACAGUGUGGGAAUACCUUUAGAUACGGUUCAGCCCUUAAAUCACAUCAAGGAAUUCAUACAGGUGUGAAAGUCAAAGAAUAGGCAUGGACAAAUCACUUUGGUAAGAAAUGAUUAAAUAUUAGUUUUAUAGGUAUGUAUUUAGCAAAUGAGACUUAAUAAUACAGUUCUUGACACAUUAGAAAGCUUUCAGUAUCAGUUCUGUUUUAAUGAAAUAUCUGAUUCUUGGCAAAUU